AUGAAUAAAAUAAAAGUGCAAAAAACGAUUGACAGUUUUUUCCAUGUUAAAAGAAAAAAAAGCAUAAUUGCGAGUAAUGAGGGUGGGACGAAUAAUUCGUCCGAUUCCGUUACCAGUACUUGCGUUGAGGAGUUAGACGGGGCGGAUGAUAAUGGUGCCAAGAAAAGGAAGAUAGACGACGCUGUGGGGGUUGAAACAACGCUCGAUGAUGUCUCCACGGUUAAGGGGGAAGUAAAUACGGAGUACAAAACUAGCUUGAAGGAAACGAUAAAUGUGGGGGAGGUGGCAACUGCUAAUAAAGCGACAAGCGCGGCAGACAUAGUUACAGUGAAGAAAACAGGCGCUGCAGAAGCAGCCACCUAUCCGUACGCCGAAGAAAUAAAGAACCUAAUGCACGCAGAAUGGUACGAACACUUAAAAGACGAGUUACGAAAAAGUUAUUUUCAAAAAAUGUAUCUGAAGAUAAAGGAAGAGAGAAAAACGAAAGUGAUAUACCCCCCAGCUCGGUUAGUGUUUAAUGCAUUCUUAAAAACUCCCCUAUCAAAUAUAAAAGUAGUGAUUGUAGGCCAGGACCCCUACCAUCAGAAGGGCCAAGCCAUGGGAUUGUGCUUCUCUGUACCCAUUGGUGUUAAAAUACCACCAAGUCUCAAAAAUAUUUUAAAAGAAAUAAAACAGACUAGUAAUCAUGGAGAUUUAAUUAGUUGGGCAGAGCAAGGAGUAUUCUUACUAAACACAUCUCUAACUGUCGAGGAGAACAAACCCGCUUCACACAAAAAUUACGGAUGGGAAACCUUCACCGAUAGAGUCAUAAAUAUCAUAAAUGAGAAAAAAGAGAAAAUAAUCUUCAUGCUAUGGGGCAACUUUGCCAUAAAGAAAUGCUCCAAAAUAGAUACAAAGAAGCAUUUUAUUUUAAAGGCGGGACACCCAUCUCCCUUAAGUGUGAGGCACUUUGUCAACUGUGACCAUUUUAACAAGUGCAAUGAGAUUCUCACGCGGAAUGGCAUGGCGCCAAUAAAAUGGGAGUUGCCCCAGUGA